AUGCUAGUGAGCAACUAUAUCUUCACUACUUAUACUCAUGGUAUUUCUCUCUUCUUUCUUGUUCCCUUGGCUUUCUUUUUACACAGUUGUGGAUGCUCCAUCUUUUUGUUUGUUGGAAUACGAUAUAGCUCACCAACUCUUGCAUCGGCAAUAAAUAAUCUUUCCCCUGCUUUCACAUUCAUCAUAGCCAUUAUUUUGAGGAUGGAGAUGAUAAAUUUUAGUGCACGAAGUAGCACACUUAAGUCGAUUGGAACAAUAGUCUCAAUCAUUGGAGCAUUCAUAGUGACAUUCUACCAAGGACUACCAAUCAUAUUUUUCUCUUCACCAAACAAGCUAUUGCUCCACUCCUUAUUUGAAACUCAACCAAAUUGGGCCGUUGGAGCGCUGUUGCUUGCCACUAGUAGCAUUUUUCUAUCCCUCACUUAUAUUGCAAAGACUUGGAUUGCUAGAGAUUUCCAAUCAGAGGUGCUAAUAACACUAAUAAGCUGCUUCUUUGAGACAAUAGUGGCAGCAAUCGUUACUUUGAUUGCAGAAAAUGAUGCAAGUGUUUGGACACCAACCAUUAAUAUCGAAAUGAUUGCUAUUUUCUUUGGGGCUUUCGAUGUUGGUAUAGUAAAUACCGUGAAUACUUGGGCAUGCAGAGUUAAGGGACCAGUUUUUGUGGCUAUGUUUAAGCCACUUCAAAUGAUUAUUGCUGUUAACUUGGGUGUUUCUUUUCUAGGAGAUGUUCUUCAUGUUGGGAGUGUAAUUGGAGGAAUAAUCAUAGCUUUGGGAUUCUACACCGUAAUGAAGGGGAAAGCCGAAGAAGAAACGUUCAAGGAAAUUGAUGAGAAUAGAUGCAAUGAAGAGGAGAUAUGUUCUCAUAAAGUCCCUAUGUUGCAGAACAGAAGCAUAGAUGCAUAAAAAUUACACGAGGUUAUCCAAUUAUUGAGUGAUUCAAUAUUUCAAUUUAAUGUUUGGUCAACAAGUGUAGCAAAUUGUUCCUUCAAAAAAAAAAAAAAAAAAAAAAAAAAAAAACACUAGUGUAGCUAACUGUAAUUAACCACAAAAUUGCAUUAUUUGUGACCAAAUAAAGGGUAAUAGUUUUUUUUUUUUUUUUUUUUUUUUUUUUUUUUUUUUUUUUGUGCAAACGAGGGGUAGAGCCCCGGGAACUAAAACAAAAGGCCAACUGUUCAAAACCCCCUUAUGGCACCGGUUUUGAACCGGUGGGCAUUUGGGGGGUGGCAAUAGCUUCUUUAAAAGCCACCUGUUCAAAACCGGUGGCAAAAACUAUUAUUGCCAUCGGUUAACCAGUGGCAUUAUAUAUUAUUGCCACCGGUUAAUACUCAAUUCCCGCUUCUUUUUUUUUUGAUAUUAAAUUUAAUGCCACCGGUUAAUCGGUGGCAAUUCUCCCAUAUAAUUUUUUUUUAUUCACUUGAAAUACCAAACAAUCAAACAAACAAAAAAAAAUUCCAACAUCAAAAUAUAAAUCGAAUAUCAUAUUAUCAUUCAAUAUAUAUAAUCGAAAACUUACAACAUAUAAUCAAAAAAAUAAUUUACAAUGUAAAUCAAUAUAAUUGAAGUAUCGAACAAUUACAACAUAUAAAUAAAUAAAA